AUGGAUUCCGGGAGGGGUGCCGUCGUGCGGCUUAUCGAGAAGGCCACCGACUCGACGGACAGGGAAGUAGACCAGCGGCUCUUGAAGGCGAUUAAGUCCACGGUCCGAUCUUCCGACGACGAGCUACGGGCCGCCGUUGAGGCUCUGAUGAGCAAGAUGAAGAAGGAACAUUCUCAGGUCACCGUUUAUCUUGAUUUUCGCCCAUUUUUCCUAGCUUUCACGCGUUAUCUGCAAAUUAUACUUGCUUACAUUGGUUGAUUUCCAAUGCUAAUGCUUACGCUCUAGAAAAUCCUUCCUUUUAUCACGCAUGAAUUUGAAACAUUGAUUUUGAUGGCUCCUGGAGGCAGAUCGGUUGUUGCUAGUAUUGUGCUUAUUCCUAUAUUCCUUCUUCUCGGUCUUUCUGGCCGCAAUUUCUAGAAAAGACUCGUUAUUUAACUUUAAUUUAUUUUCAUGUAUUAUUAAGUCCUAAGUGCGCUCUCCUUGUGAUUUUGAUUGAUUCUUUUGUACAACCACAGUUUUUUUUACCCUAAAUUCUGUCUCGUCAAGGGGCAAAUGGAUAAGGAUGUUUCUGUAACGAUGAUAAUGAUAAUGGUCAAGAAAGGUGCCUCAAAUUUAAAUCAUCUCUCACCUGGUAUAGCUGACCUCACUUGGAGUUGUCGGAUGAUUCGUGUUUCCUAAUACAAUAAUUUCAUUUAUUGUAAACUUCAAAAAAAAAAGUUUUUUCUCAAAUUGAAGUGACAAUUUUCUCAAAUUGAAAACUUAUUUCCUGAAACGACCCGGCUUACGAACAAACGAGUUGAUUUCUGAAGUCUGAUCUGUGAUGAAUCAUCUGCAAUUUUGUGGCCAUUUACUACUUAUCAUUAUGAAGUUCAAAUUAUCUGGGCGAGCUGACCAGAAUCCUUUUGAUAGAUUAUCCCACAAUUAUUGUGUAUUCAUUUCCAGUAUUGUGGGGGGAAUGGGUUGAUUACCAGUUAGGGAAGAACAUUGCUACUUUACUGUUCAUCAAGGAUGUGCAUACGGGGAGUUGAACAAUUUCAGGAGAAAGAUAACUUGUACAACUAUUAUUCAUCGGGAAUUGAUGAAUCUAACGGAUCCUAAAAUAGAUGCACUUAGGAGUGGUGAAGACAAAAACAUUCAUGCAUAAAACCUCUUUUUAUCCCGCGAUAUGAAAGAAUAAGAUAAUAUUCAUGCAUCAAAGCUGUGCCAUUCUAAGCCGUCAUGGUGAAAGAAGGAACUGGACUUGACAAUUAGUUUUAAACAUCAAGUUUAAUCGUUUUUUGCUUCAGUAACCAGAGUAGUGAUGAAAAAAUGAUGUUCCAUUGAAGAAAAGUGGAAAGCAUGUUACUUGAAAAAUGGUGGCGGUAAGUAUUCUAGUUUGUGAAAUACCAUUUACUGGACUAAAUUUGAAUUAUAUAGUUUCUUGGACAUCUAACGGAAAAUUGGUUCUCCUUGUUGUCCUUGUGAAAGUAAUUGAUGCACAGACAAAUCGAUUGACUAUGGUAGGAUGACUUGAACGUGUAUAUCUAAUUCAGGAUGGAAGAAUAUCUAUGGAAAAGCUUAUCCAAUUGUAAAAUCGUUAGGAGAAUACGGUCCAUCUGUCUAUGUUGGAUUAAUAGGAAAAGCUGACUCCACUUACUUGCCGGUACAUUCUGCCCUACAUCAAAUAUCGUUUGCUGAAAAAUCUUCCGAAUAUUUAUCUCCUUUAACAAUCCCAGGAUGCUUUUAUGAUUCAGAUCUCAUAGUGUUUUUCUGUGGAGAGAUCUUGCAGGUACGAUAUCUCGCAGUGCUCAUAAUCGAUGAGCUAUUCAUGCGGUCAAAGCUUUUUCGAUCCCUCUUCAUCAACAGUUUCGAUCAAUUCUUGAGUUUGAGUGUUGGCUUCAGGAGAAAUAUGCCCCUUCCUCCUCCCGCUAACAUUGCUUCCAUCUUGCGGUCUAAGAGCUUAGAGUUAUUGGAAAAGUGGCACGGAUCAUUUGGGGUUCAUUACAGGCAGCUCAGACUCAGUUUAGAUUACUUAAAAAACACCUUGAGGUACCAGCUUCCUAAUAGGUUGGGAAAUGCAGAGCGGUUGCAGCAGGAGAGAAGAGAAAGGGAGAUAAGAUCAAGGGAGAUUUUACAGAAUAAAUAUGAAAAAUUGCAGGAAAAUUUUUCCUCCAUCAAGGCUGAAAUACAGUCUACGCUUGACCAGCUGGGAGAAUGCUUAGAAAUAGUAUGUAAUAAAGAGGGCAAAUUUGCCUCUUGCUCUUCCCCCGAAGAAGAUGAACCAGAAGAGUUUACUUGUCUGACCCUGCGGCAGAUCCGCCAGCAAUCCCUGAAAGAAGGAGAGAAGGUGCAUGAGAAUGAUGAAAAUGCUGCUGUUUUCGAUGCACUGAGGGAGUUCUAUAAGCUUCUCCUCUCAAAGCAUCUGCCAUCAGUGCAAGAAUGGAUUUCUGUCCUGGUCAGAGUCGAUCUUGCUGAUAACAAAUUUAGAGACUCUGCCCUGAAAGAGUGUAUUGAUGUCCGUAAUAUGAUUCAAUCUGCGAAAAAGAAAUGUGAGGAAUUGGGUUGUGUUCUUCCUUCAACUGCUCAGGAAGAAGAGGAAGUGGACAUGUGGGAGGAGGGUAAGAUCGAGGCUAAUGAUCCCGUCAAUGCUAGCUCUCUUGCGGCAACCAGUAGCAAUUCCAUUGAUCUCCAGGACACCAAGGUCUGUGUGGGCCGUGAUACCUCCGUCGAUACUCCUGUUGACCUCGGACACUCGGAUGAUGUGCCUUCUGCUGAAGAUGCAUCACCAAAUGUUUCCCAGAGUUGUACAGAUUCAGAAUCGCCGAGGUCCAGACUUUUGGCUGAAGCUCCGGUGCUGAAAUGGGGACCUUUCCUGGAGAGCUGGGGUUCAACCCAAGAUGCCAUGGUCAACUAUCGGGGCCUAGAACUGGAGAGCCACUGGGGCAGAGUGGAACAGGAUGCUAUCAUCCCAGGAGAAAGAAUUGCCGAGCUAAGCGCCCACUGGUCCCUGUACCAAGAACAAGCCGCUGAAAUACGACCGUGCCUUGCCCCUCUGAAGAAUGGAGGCCUUUGCCAGAGGAGGGAUCUCACUGUUUGCCCAUUUCACGGACCGAUCGUACCUCGAGACCCGAAUGGGAAUACCAUAUUAGAGGAACCUGAAGAUGGAAAAGAUCAAGUGGACAACGAUCGCCGAGACGACCCCAUGAAAAUCCCAACCGAGGGAGCCCCUCUGAUGAAUGAAAGCAAAGAAAAGCUUUCACAUUCUGGUGAUCAGCUGAUGAAGCGUCUGGCAGAGAAAGCCAUUAGAAACGUGAGGGGAAGAGACAGAGAAUCGAAGUCAUUGAAGCGGGCGAAGAUUGCUAAGGUCCGGGAACACAACGAAGCAGUGUUGAGAGAAGCUGCUUGCAGUUCGACUUCGUUGACAUCAGCAGCUUUCGUAGAGGAAGGAAUGAGCUCUGAGCAAGCGCUGCUGAAACCCAAGAAGCCGAGUUUGUCUUCCAUGUUGCGGAAGAAGGUGACUGCUAAAGAUAGACUGGCACAGCGGCUUUUGAAAUCCCGGUUAACGGAUUCAGCUGCCAAACAGAUCACGCAGGCGGAGGAUGUUAACCGCAGAGAAGCUUUUGCAAAUCAGUGGUAG